CGAGAGUUCUUCAUCUUCUUCUACUUCGUCUAAACCGAGUACGAGUGGAACCAGUUGUGGAUCGGGUCUCGGAGAUCCUUCCGAGGGAGCUUGCGACAACGCGCUUCAGGGAAAAGUGCGGAGGCAGCUGAUGAAUGCCGUCAAGCAGGCAAAGAAAGAAAGCGCAGAUGAUCAGAGACCGAAAAAAACGUCACAAGGUCAUAAAAAGGCCACGGCGACAAAGGUGAGCGAGGAUGAUUUCGCAGAAACCAUCGCAAAAUGUUUCACGUCGAAAUGUCAUGCUGCGUUGCAGGCCAUUCUGGAGGGUGACGAGGUGGACAAAUGCUCGCCGCAACCGUGCAAGCAUUGUGGGGAGGAAGAUCCUUUCUGGGAUGAAUACUUGGGCAAGCUUUCUUGCCAGCGUUCCGUCCACACCUCGAUGAAGAAAAUUAGGAAGCGGCGAAUCCAGCCCCUCAAAAGCGCUUGGUCGCCGACCGCACCGCUCGAAGAUUGGACCAGCGAAGAUCCAUCCACACGUGUUGCCCUCUAUCAUGUCGGAGAGCUUUUUGCCACACGGGAAGACGAAAAAAAGCAACGUAUUCCGGAGCUGCAAAAACUGGCAGCUUCGUUCUUCGCGCAAGCUGUUCCGGAUAUCGUUCGGGCGCGCCAGUCGAUCUGCCUUCCGUCAUUGUGCCCGCCGUUUCAGAGCGCGACGACCCCGGAGCGGUGGCUUUAUCUUUUCUGGGAAAAAAGCCGCCCAAUCGUAGCCUAUCUCGCUUCGACCGACACACCACAGCAGGCCUUCCUGGUCUCCCAAGUCGUUCCAUUUCACGACGUGCUGGCAGACACAGAGGAAACAGCGCACCGUGCUGAAGAUGAUGCAGCUGCGAACAUGCAGCAGAACAAGUGUAGUACCCCCUCGCCCAGCAAGAAGAAAACACCGACAGAGCAGCCCCAUGGCAAGAGAAACAAGGAUAAAACAAAGCCAGCGCCGGGAGGGACGUGCAGCAGCCGCGCUUCUAGAACAGGAAAAGAGGACCGCUUCACCGCGGAACAAGAUUCAUGCCCAUCUGCCGGAGCGACAACGAAAUGUCUCCGAGCAGACAGCGACACUGUGGCUCGCGGAUUUUGGGUUUCCCGAAAGCCUGUGUCACCUUCACAGAUUCAGGUGGAGUCAGCGCCUUUCAUUUCCUUUGAGAUCCUUGAUUUCCGCGAGUUUUCUCGCCGCGAAAAGUGUGGCGAAGAGGACACCAUGGCCACCUUCCUAGUUCAAAAGCGCCUCGUCAUUGUUCAAAACAACGGCUUGCGGAGUCGCUUCCUCUCGAAAGCCGACACCUGGGAGAACAAGGAUUUCUAUGGUAUGGUUGGUCACAACAAAUGGUGGAACGCGAGGCGCAUGCAUUGGCUGACUCGGCUGGGUGAGCGUCGCAUGCGUGCGUGCUUCGGUGCAGUUUUCCACGGCUCGCGCCCGGAAAUCCUGAGCGGAGGCUUCCCGCAUGGGUGUCAACACUGGAUAACACGGGGCGAUAGUGCACCGGGAGACCAGCAAAUGAUUGACUCACUCGAGCACUUUCUGCUUGAGAGCGGGUGCGUGGGAGCGGUGGAGCCUAAUCGUCGCUGUAUCACGGGACGCGUGCCCUUCGCCUUGCCACAACCGGAAGACCCGAUCGACCUGUUCCUUGAAAACCAGUUCUGGGACCCGUCGCCCAGCGACUCCUCAAGCGCCAGUAAUGACCCAACGGAUCUCAGUGCCGAACAGGUCCUCGAAGCCGCGCUAAUUGGAUGUCCAGAUGCAGAGGCGCUUGGAGAGGUCAUGUCAGAUCCAAGCUAUGACGCCGCCUUCGGCGAAGGUGUCCGCGCUGAAGCAGCAGUGCUACUUGGUGGUGCUGAACGUAAACGUGACCAGUGUUCAUCUGCAGCUUCUUCGAGGAACAAGAGCCCUAGGAUUAGUGAAGACUCCGGGGCGGCAGAUGCAGGCGAUAGAGUGCUGCUCCUAUCUUGUACAACUAAAGGGGUCAAAGUCAAAACCCGUGGCGGGAGUGACGCGAAAUCUUCGUCCAGGAAAUCCAAAUUCUUGGAAUCUGCAAUGGCGCGCGCAGAACAAUUUCGGCAGCGGUGGGAAGACGAAGCGGGCGUCGCCUCGGAAGAUGCAGUCCGCCAGUCAGCAGUGAACGCUGGCGCCACAUGGCCGACGGACCAAACCAAAGUCGGCCGGCUGGCGCGGGCGCGAGCAGUUCUGGGGGCGGUUGUGCAAAAGCGCAUGAGAUGGCGCCAAACGAAGAAAGGCCUCCGGCUGCUGUGCCGCGCUGGGCUGGUCAGCCUUGACUCGUCUACACAGUCGGACAGCAACGGCGGUGGUGCAACGAGACCGCAAAUUCGACUGAAUUGCAAGGGGUCUCACAAAGUGCUGCACGGACCUGCAGGCGCGACAACGCUUGUCCGUCCGCACAAACACACACCUGAGCUAACUGAUAAAGCUUUUGUGCGAAGCAUGGAGAAUAUCGUUGAAAUUGCCGGCGAAUAGAAGGAGCAAGCACAAGAUGCGCCUUGCUCGGACCGCGAGAAUGACUGCCAUCAAUAUUUACGAACGUUUAUUCUUAUUGUGAAUGUGGUUCUUAGUCGAGCAAGGGAU